GCUAGCUGUAGCUAGCUGUGCCGGGGUGACCGGCCGGCUGUGCCAGGGUGGCUAGCUGUGCCGGAGUGACCGGACGGCUGUGCCAGGGUGACCGGAUGGCUGUGCCAGGGUGGCUAGCUGUGCCGGGGUGACCGGAUGGCUGUGCCAGGGUGGCUAGCUGUGCCGGGGUGACCGGAUGGCUGUGCCAGGGUGGCUAGCUGUGCCGGGGUGACCGGACGGCUGUGCCGGGGUGACCGGAUGGCUGUGCCAGGGUGGCUAGCUGUGCCGGGGUGGCUAGCUGUGCCGGGGUGGCCUGCCGGCUGUGCCGGGGUGGCUGGAUAACUAACGUUAGCCGAACCGAACCUCAUCUAUCGGAAGUUAUUGUUUAUUAAUGUUACGCUAGCUAGAUAAUUGGUUCAUUUCUAAUCCUAACCACAUAGCCAGCUAUCGAGCUAGACUGCACACAUACGAGGAGGCUAGUUAACAAUGAAUUAACACGGCCCACAAUCUUAAUGUUUAGCAUUACAUGAUAUCAUGGAGCUUCAUGACCUGCAGAGGGAUCCGCCAGCACAGUGCUCUGCUGGACCCGUGGGAGAGGACUUGUUCCAUUGGCAAGCAACAAUAAUGGGGCCAGGUGAUAGUCCAUACCAAAGUGGGGUCUUCUUUCUCACAAUCCACUUCCCCACCGACUAUCCCUUCAAGCCACCAAAGGUAGCAUUCACAACAAAGAUCUAUCAUCCAAACAUCAACAGUAACGGGAGCAUCUGCUUGGACAUCUUGCGAUCCCAGUGGUCUCCAGCAUUAACUGUAUCAAAAGUUCUGUUGUCCAUAUGUUCGUUGCUUUGUGACCCGAACCCGGACGACCCCUUAGUUCCAGACAUAGCACAGAUCUACAAACUAGACAAAGAGAAAUACAACAGACUAGCAAGAGAUUGGACUCAGAAGUAUGCAAUGUGAAGGCCCUCCUGAAGAUAUUUUUUAAAGUCACAAAACACUGUACAUUCUGGAAAUAGAAAGUAAACUUAGGUGAUAUGGAACACAUUGUACUGUCAACAUUUAUCAUGUGAACCCAUGAACUAUAGAUGAUGUUGUGUUUACAGGGGGUAUACACUGCACAUAUGUACAUUAAGGGUGAUAGAUAUGGGGGACAACAACUGUACAUUGUUGUUAUCCCUACUUCCUGGUUUUGGGAACUUUUGUUUCUCGUCUCAUGAAUGGAAGAGGAAGUCAUUAGAAUACUGUAGCCCACGGUUACAUUCAGAAUACUGUAGCCUGCUGUUCCAGUCAUCAGAAUACUGUAGCCUGCUGUUAGUCAUCAGAAUACUGUAGCCUGCUGUUCCAGUCAUCAGAAUACUGUAGCCUGCUGUUAGUCAUCAGAAUACUGUAGCCUGCUGUUAGUCAUCAGAAUACUGUAGCCUGCUGUUAGUCAUCAGAAUACUGUAGCCUGCUGUUAGUCAUCAGAAUACUGUGGCCUACUGCUACAGUACAACAUACUCAUGGCUCUGCUGACUGUCACCCAUAAAGAGGGAAAUUGAGGAAUCAAACCAAUUUUACAGUUUUUUUUUAUUGUAUCAAACUAUUCUGGACCUACUUUAGUUGUUUUAGCAUUAAGUCAGAACUUCAUUAAAACAUUGAAAUACAUUCUCUGCCAUUAACAGUGAUUUAGGGGCUUCAGUUAUGGCUAUGGCUUAUGCUGUUUAGCACUUUUGUAUAAUUAAAGAAUGGUACACUUUA